GUCACCGCAAUAGUACCUUGCGCGGCACUACGAGUCAGAUGCUGUCUGGAAAGACGCUUAAGCAGACCAUAACAACCUGCGCUGCGAGUGCUCGGCACAGGACGCUGCGGUAUCCCCUCUGCUGAAAAGGCUCAGUUGCCUUGACUUAGGCCACCUGGCCGCGCGACCGGCGCCCGAUAGAAAUCAUGGCGUCAUCCUACGAGGAAGUCACAAGAAUCCUAGAACAGUGUCGCAUCUCCCACUUCCGCCAGGCCUUCCUCGAUAAUGAAUGUGACGACUCGUUCCUCGAUAUCGUCGAGGACGGCGACCUCCGCGAGCUCGGCCUGCCGCUCGGGCCGCGCGUGCGCCUCCUCAAGGCCGUCGCGGAUAGAAACGCGGCGCGGGCCGCGCGCGCGCCGGCGGCGGCGGUGACGCCGACGCGCACCUUCGCGCCUCCGCCUCCGCCGCCGCCGCAAGGCUCGGCGCACGUCGCCGUCCCGCCGCCACCGCCCGCGGCCCCGGCCUCGCCGCGGAACGAGGACAACCUGUGCGAGCUCUGCGCCGACCGCGAGGUCGACUGCGCGAUCGCCGGCUGCGAGCACAAAUUCUGCCGCGUCUGCGUCGACCUCUGGCGGCGCGAGAGCGUUAGGAAAGCCCAACAAAACACCAUGUGCCCGAACUGCCGCGCGCCCUUCACCGAGGUCGUGGACAUCGGGACGGGCCGCCGCGCCGCCGCCGCCGCCGCGCCGCCGCGGCCGGCGUGGGGCGCCGCGCCGCCGCCGCCGCCGGUUUCACUUGCGGCGACCGCCGCGGAGGAGGAGGCGCGGCGACGACGCGAGGCCGAGGCGCGCGAGGCCGCCGAGCGCGAACGCGCCGCCGCCGCGGCGCGCGCGCGCGAACAGGAGCGCGUGGCGGGCGAGAACGCGGCCGCGGUCGCGACCAUAUACGCGGCGAACGACGCCCCUCAGUGGGCGCUGCGCGCGGGCACCGGCAAAUCUGCUGCCGAGGUCCGUGCCGAGGCUUUGGAGCGCGCAAGAGCGGCGAUGUGGGGCGCCGGGGCGACACCGCUCGCUGUGGAAGCCUACGUCGAGGCCUACGCCGCGGCCGCGACGGGCGCGUUCGUCGACGCCGAGGCGCGCGCGCUGGCGAAGGAUCGCGACGACGCGGCGGCGGCCGUCAUCUCGGCCUUCAUCGGCGAGGUCGUCGCGGCGACGCGCCGCGACGCCGCCAGCGCCGCGCUCACCGAGGUCGCCGCGUCAUCAAGAAUGUUGGAGGUGAUCGAAAGCCGCAUUCUGCAGCUCGUCGACGAGAAUGGCGGCGAGUUCACGGCCUCAGCUCUGCCGUUGCUCUACACGAAGCGCUACGGACUGAAGCUCGACUGGAAGGCCCUGGGGUUCGAACGACUUGGACAUCUCAUUCAGAGCUUGCGUAGCGUAGUAGUGGCACCUUUACAGGGACCCCAAACAAACCGCAAACUCCGCCGCGUGCCGCGGAUCCUGCAGCGGCCGGCCGCGGCGCCGGCGCCGGCCGCCCUCUCAGGAGACGCCGGCGAGUUCCAGCCGUCGGCGCCGGCGCCGGCGCCGGCCGCGGCGCCGCGGCGCCUCUCGAGCGACGCCGGUGAGUUCCGGCCCGCGUCGCCGGCGCCGGCGCCUAUGUAUGCUCAGCCGCCGAUUCCGCCGCCGCCGCAAGGAUUCGUGCCCGUCUUCGCGCCGCCGCCUCCACUGUUCGUCCCAGGUGUGCCGGUGAUGCUCCCGCCAGGAUUCGUGCCGCCGGGAGCGCCUCCGCCGCCUAUCAUGAUAGGCUCGCACUCGCCUCUGAUCAACCCGCUCAUGCCCGGAGCGCCCCCACUGCCUGGUGGCAUGUACUAUGGAACACACCAGCCGCCGCCACCGGUGGCGGCGGCGUCGGCGCCCGCGCCCGCGGACGCGAUAGCGCCGCAAGCCGCUUUGGAUGCGGCACGGAACGCGCCCUAG